AUGACGGAGACAAGCGUCUAUUAUCUUAUUAUGUUUGUGGAGGACUUUGGAGGAAGACUGGACGAUGAUAAGCAUAGAAGACGUUACAAUGAAAAGAAUUUGAUUGGAAGUUGUGUGCGUCAUGGGAAUACGACGGAUCGGCUAGCAUUGAUUGCGUUUAAGGCCAAAAUAACUGCUGAUCCUUUAGGAGCUAUGAGCUCAUGGAAUGAAUCCAUCCAUUUUUGCAAAUGGUAUGGGGUGACAUGUAGCCGCCGCCAACACCAAAGGGUCAUUGAACUAGACCUAGGGCAUAAAAAGUUGUCAGGAACUAUGUCCCCCCACACUGGAAAUUUGAGCUUUCUCAAGAUACUGAUUUUGACAAACAAUAGCUUUCAUGGUGACAUCCCUCCUGAACUUGGCCGUUUGCAAAGGCUAGAAUAUUUAUGGAUUCAGACUAAUUCAUUUGGGGGUGAGAUUCCUGCCAACAUAUCUUAUUGCUCUAACGUCAUUAGCUUCGGUGCUCAUUUCAAUAAGUUGGUAGGGAAGAUCCCUAUGGAACUUGGCUCUAUGUCUAAACUGCAAGACUUCGGCGGUAACAAUAACAAUCUGACAGGUAUAAUCCCCCCUCCUUUUGGGAACCUGUCAUCUCUUCUGCUACUUUAUUUGUAUUCCAACAAUCUCGUUGGGAGUAUCCCAAAAGAACUUGGACGACUUACAAAACUAGAAAUAAUUUCAUUAUCUCAGAACAGGUUGUCUGGUACCAUCCCUCCUCAAAUCUUCAACAUCUCUUCUAUUGCAGUGAUUGAUGUUGGGGUUAACCAAAUCAAAGGGAACCUAACUUCUUUGAUAGGCAGUACCACUCUUCCUCAUCUGAGAUUCUUUAGCAUUGCGGGAAACCAAUUUACUGGAUCAAUUCCUAUUUCAGUGUCCAAUAUGUCAACUCUUGAACACCUGAUACUUGAAGUUAACAAACUCACUGGAAAAGUACCUCAUCUUGGAAAGUGUUAUAAGCUUCGCGACUUUUCCAUCGGUUACAAUCACUUGGGAAGUGGAGAAGCAAAUGAUUUGAGCUUUAUCUCCACUUUGACCAAUGCCACCAAUUUAACAGCAUUGGCAGUGAAUGUAAACAAUUUCGGAGGGGUGUUGCCUGAAUCCAUUGGAAAUCUCUCAACUCAGCUUGUACAAAUGUUACUAGAUAACAAUCAAAUAUCUGGAAGCAUCCCUAGUGUGAUAGCCAAUCUUUCCUACUUGGAAAUGCUUGACAUGUUUUACAACCAAUUCACAGGUCACAUUCCCCCAGACUUUGGAAAGUUUCAAAACCUACAGCACUUGUCGUUAUCAGGAAAUCAAUUAUCCGGGAAUGUUCCAUCAUCUUUAGGAAAUCUAACUGCUUUAUCACUACUUCGUUUAGAUCAAAACAAUCUUCAGGGCAACAUCCCGUCAAGUAUGGGGAAUUGCCAAAACUUGCUAGAACUUGAUCUCUCUAGGAACAGCUUCAAUGGCACAAUACCUGGUCAUGUUUUGGGUAUCUCAUCGCUAUCCAUAGCAUUGGAUUUAUCUUACAACCACUUGACUGGUUCAUUAGUUGAUGAAGUUGGAAACCUUAAAAAUUUAGGUUUUUUAAGUGUUUCUAAGAACAUGUUAUCUGGUAAAAUUUCUAGCAACCUUGGUAGCUGCCAAAGUUUGGAAUUCCUAUAUAUGGAUGGCAAUUUUUUUCAAGGGACCAUUCCUUCGUCUUUUAGUUCUUUGAAAGGUAUUCAAGAGUUAGAUCUUUCGGGUAACAAUCUGUCAGGCAAAAUUCCAGAAUACUUUGCUAGCUUUGACUUAAAAUAUCUGAACCUUUCUUUUAAUGAUUUUGAGGGUCCAAUACCUAAAGAAGGCAUAUUUGAGAAUGCAAGUGCAACUUCAUUAAGUGGAAACUCUAAACUUUGUGGGGGUAUACCAGAAUUUCAGUUUCCAAAAUGCAAAUCUAAACGUUCUAAGAACAUCUUCUCGACUUCUAUCUUUAAACUUACAAUAUCUAUAGUUUCUGGGAUUCUAGGACUAACUCUUGCGCUGGGUUUUCUAUUCAUAUGUUGGUUUAGAAAAACCAACAAAAACCCUUCUUCAGAUUUAGCAGGAAACUCACUUUUGAAAGUGUCUUAUCGAAGUCUCCUUCAAGCGACUAAUGGGUUCUCUUCAACCAAUUUGAUCGGUAUGGGUAGUUUCGGGUCUGUGUAUAAAGGAAUUAUUGAUCCUGAUGGAACAAUUAUUGCUGUGAAGGUACUUAACCUAACACAUCAUGGAGCUUCCAAGAGUUUCAUAGCAGAGUGUGAGACGUUGAGGAGUAUUAGACAUCGGAAUCUUGUCAAGGUGUUAACUGCAUGUUCUGGUAUUGACUAUCGGGGCAACGAUUUUAAAGCUCUGGUUUAUGAAUUCAUGGAAAACGGCAGUCUAGAGGGGUAUCUGCAUCCAAAUCAAGUUGAAGAUUUGGCUGAUGUAGAGCCCAAGAAGUUAAACCUUCUUCAGAGAGUAAACAUUGCCAUUGAUGUUGCUUGUGCAUUGGAUUAUCUUCACCACGGUAUCCCCACACCAAUCGUUCAUCGUGAUAUAAAGCCAAGCAAUGUUCUUCUAAACAAUGAGUUGGUUGGCCACGUAGGUGAUUUUGGAAUAUCAAGAUUCCUUCCAGCAGACACCCAAAACUUGUCAACAAGUUCUAUAGGUGUAAGAGGAUCAAUUGGUUACACUGCUCCAGAGUAUGGGAUGGGAAGUGAUGCAUCGACAUGGGGCGAUGUCUACAGCUUUGGGAUCCUUCUGUUGGAAAUGUUUACAGGGAAGAGGCCUACUGAUAACAUGUUUAGAGAUGGAUUGAACCUUCAUAACUAUGUUGUGGCAGCCUUGCCUGACCAAGUAGCGGAGAUUAUGGAUUUAAUACUUGUUGAGGAGAUCAGGGAAGAGGAAGAGAAAGAGGAAGAGAUCAAAAGUAGUGCCAACAAUAAUAGUACAAGAAGACAUCAACGACUCAGUAGUAGAAUUCAAAAGGAUCAGCACAAGUGGUUGAUUUCGGUGUUUGGAGUUGGUGUUGCUUGUUCAAAAGACUCCGUACAAGAACGAAUGAACAUUAGUGAUGUUGUAUCUGAGUUGUACUCCAUCAAGAACGCUAUUCUUCAAUCUUGA